AUGGGACACCAUCGCCCGGUUCCUUUAACCCCUACUGCGGCAAUAACCGCUAAGAUUAUGGAUGCCCGUGCUGAUUUCCGUAAAACGUUUGAAGAAAGUCUUGGUGGUAAAUGCCGCGUUUCUUAUACCUUGUUUACUCAGAUUGUUUGGUUAUUUGACUUAGUGGAAAUCUCCGACAAUUUAGAGAAAGGUGUUUACUUUUUAGCUCCCGAUAACAUCACCGCAGAAGAUUCAUUAUAUAAAAAAUUUCAGUCCGUAUUAAAAGAAGUUGUUAAUUCUGAACCUGAGUUAGCCGCAAAAAUCAAAUCUGGAGAAGAUAAGUUGGAAACCUUAGAAACACAUGAGAAG